ACACUUUAAACUUGGAACAGCAUGAUGGCGCCUCGACCACUAUAAAUACCGGUCUCGAUCGUCUGCACCUCGACGCUCUCAUUCUGCAAUCGGAGGUCCAUGGCGCUGCGUGCGAUCUGGAGCGGUCUUCUGCUGGCGGCGAUGCUCCUCUCCAGCGUCGAUGGUUGCAACGUCACCGCGCUGCGGGCGCACUUUGCGCGCUGGCGCCACUCGGCUGCAGGUCAAAUGGCGUCGCAGCGUGGGUUUCUCAAGAGCAACCAUACGCUCGAACGCUACUUUAACGCGCGGCUUCGCGCCCGGGCACUGCGGCUCGCGAACCCCCGCGCGACCUUUGGUAUCACGCCAUACGCGCUCUUGACACCGCUCGAGUUUCUCAAUUGGGUCGACCCCGACCGCACCUUCCAGCUCAACGAUUCGAGCAUCGUCGACCGUGGUUUUGCGACCGCCGACUGGACGAUUGUCGACGACGCCAAUCCGGACGAGUGGCACAUUGAUGUUGUGCACGACGGCCGCGUGGUCGCACCACCGACGUUGCCCGCCGACGCGCCCAACGUGUCGACGCCUGUCGUCUGGCAGAUUGACCACACGCGCUGCUUUACGACGCCGCCACGCUUCCAGGGCCGGUGCGGCAACUGCUGGGCCUUCGCGUCCAACGCCGCGAUUGAAGGCGCGUACUGCGCCAAGUUCAACACCACGAUCGCGCUCUCCGACCAAUAUGUCACCACGUGCAGCGACAACAACGGCGGCGGCUGCAACGGCGGCACGACGGUGGCUGGUAUGAACUUUACACGGUUCGGGGCGUGUGCGCUGGCAGACGCGCCGUUCACACUGGGAAAAACUGGCGCCGGUGCCGCGUGCCGGCCCUGCGCCAAGCCGCUGGCGCUCGGUGUUUCGGGCGUCGGCCGCGUCGCCAAAUCGGUGGCGGCCUUUACGCGGACGCUCGCCAAGUCGCCGAUUGCCGUAAGCUUGAGUGCGGGCAACCCGGCGUGGCAGUUCUACGUCGGUGGCGUCUUGACGUCAGGGCACAACGCGAGCGCGCCACUGGACCACGCCGUGACCAUCGUCGGGUACGGCGUCGCCAACGGCGUUCCGGUCUGGAAGAUCCGCAACUCGUGGGGCACCAAGUGGGGCGAAGGCGGCUACAUGCUUCUGAGCGCCUCGACCAACGACACCAGCCACGGGCUCUUCCACGUCCUCGCCCAAGGCUUUGUGCCGCUGCUGUAAUAGCCUCCUCACGUGUGUGUAUCCCAAUGGAUUGUGAUUCGUAUGUUGGUUGUGC